ACGUUAUGGAUUAGUGACUGGGAUUAUUUGGGAGUUUCUCCUUCACCUCUUUCUUCGUCGUAAUAAUGACUGCUCGUAAUACGAAAAAACUAUUGUAUUUAAUACUCCAUUUCCUCUGCUCUGCAUUUAAACUACUUCAGCUUUAAACUAAUCUUGUUCAUCAAUCUCCAUAAAACAAUCUAUUUCUCAGCAACUCACAAAAAGAAUACAAACACAUCAAAGUCUUUUUGCAGAAGAUUGAGUAGAAAAAAGUAAUCAUGAGGCCCAAAAUUUACCUCUUUGGAGACUCCAUAACUGAAGAAUCUUUCAGUAAUGGAGGUUGGGGUGCUUCUCUUGCCAACCAUUUCUCUCGUACGGCUGAUAUUGUGGUAAGAGGAUACAGUGGGUACAACACCAGAUGGGCUGUGAAAGUAUUAGACAAGGUGUUUCCAGCGAUGGAUGAAGCAGCACCAAUGGUAGUGACAGUGUUUUUUGGCGCAAAUGAUGCUUGUCUUGAUGACCGUUAUGCAGCCUUUCAACAUGUGCCUUUAGAUGAAUACAAGCAGAACCUUCGUUUCAUUUUUUCUUUUCUCAAGAAAAGAUGGGAGACUGCUGUUAUUCUCUUCAUCACACCGCCUCCAAUUGAUGAAGCUGAACGUUUGCUGCACCCUUAUAUUGAGAAUCCAAGUGGUCUGCCAGAGAGGACAAAUAAGGCUACUGGUGCCUAUGCCAAAGCAUGUGUGGAGGUUGCAAGAGAAUGUGCGACGCCGGUUGUUGAUCUCUGGACCAAGAUGCAAGAGUUUUCUGAUUGGAAAAGAUCAUGUCUCAGUGAUGGCCUGCACCUAGCCCAAGGUGGCAACAAGAUCGUGUUCGAAGAAGUUCUCAAGAAGCUGGAGGAGGUGGGAGUGAGUCUAAAAGAGCUGCCUGUUGAUCUUCCACUCUUCUCAGACAUUAAUCCGAAAGAGCCUCUUAAAACUUUCAACAACUGAUGUCAUUUUUUAGUGAGUGUUGAGCCAUUUUUUGUGAUAACAAGACUCUUACUAGGCUUGUAUGGAACCUACUAAGAGCUUUGUGAAUCAGCAUGUAACUAGUUAUCCAUUUCAUGAUGUUAAUGUAAGCAAAUAGCCAAAUAUAAGUGAAUAAACAUGUAUCUCGUCAGUGCAUAUGUUUUUGUCGAAAUGUAUGGAUCUUUUGGAGUAGAUCAUGUCAGUGUCACCAAUUUCUGCGCGUUUAUCAUUGCAAUGAUAUGUAAUUUACAAUUUGUGAUCAAGGAGAAAAAUACAAUACAUUUUUGUGAUGACA